AUGGGCGGCGUGUAUACGCGCGUCCUUAACGUUGCCUCCUUACGACCUGGCGAUCACGUGUGUAUCUGGGACUACAGUCGCUGGCCGCUUUCGUACCAACACCACGGCAUCGUCUGGGCAUCCGGCUUAACUGCUAGUGAUAUUCGCGUGUGCCACGUCUGGAGUCCCCUGGAAGGGUUUCAAGAAGCUCAAGCGGACUCGUGCUUUCGCAUUUCGACGCUCGAGGAGUUCCUGGACAAGCGGAAGCAACGACACCUUCGUCUGAUUGAGUACCACACGUCCGGAUUACGGGAGGUGCUGUCGAGACGGGGAGAAGUGCAUUUGAGGAAAGCGGAUCUGCCGGAAGUGGUGCUAGCUCGAUGCAAGUUUUUGCUCGGCCUUGGUCGAGGAGACUUUAACUUGUUCACGCAGAACUGUGAGCAUGCAGCUCAUUGGUGCAUGACUGGUGAGCAGUGGUGCAAACAGACGUUGACGAAGGUUCGAGGACGCGUGCCUUUUGAGAAAAGGCUUUUGAAGGAAGACGUGGAUGCACUGGUGACGGAAGUGGAGGAGAUUAAAGCCAGCUCCCGCUCGGUUGUUAGUAACGUGCUCAAACUCUCGGGUUCCAGCGUGUUUUUACGAGUGAAAGGCCGUCACUACGUGCAGGUACAGGCAGAUGGAAAAGUUGGCAUUGUGCCGCAAGGGACUGACCCGACGACGUGUGGACGCACAGCUUUUCGACUCGAGUGUUAUGCCAGAGGGUACAAUAGCAUUCGGGUGCGCUUUUUCCACGAAGAAUCAGGGUGCUACAUGUUUAGUCGCUCCACGUUUAGUUGUUUUCGGGACUUGAGGAUGAAAAAACCAAUGACGGUGCGAGGCAAGUCAGGUCUGACGUGGGAGUACUCGACGCUUGGAUAUCUCCGGAGUAUGAGUCAGCAUCGACGAUAUGUGGGUGCAAGGAAGGAUGGCUUGCUGCUGGAUGUGAGCAUGCGUGGAGAUGCGGCCCGUGUGGAAUUUGUUGCUUGUGAAGGACCUGCUGAAGCGUACACGCCGCCGGAUAUUCACCAGGUCACGCGCACGUACAAUCACGAAAAGUCGGUGCAGUAUACCGAGUCACAGAGCAUGCGGGACUACAAUGCGGCGGAGCUCUAUAAGUUGUCGCCCACAUCUUCUCUGACGGCCGUGACGACAGCACGAGCGACAGAAUUGACAGCGAUGCCCUUGUUUGAGUCGGCAUGA